CUUUCACAGUACGCUGCAGCUGCUACGCUGAUGCAAAUCCCUGUCGUGAGGGGGAAUAAAACAGUAGAUUUGUUGCCGUGAUCGCGAGCGAACUGUCGGCCUGCGUUGCUAGUAAGGUGCGCGUUCAAAUGCCAGUGAAACGCCGGGUCGUGAUGACUAGCGUCUGUUACCGCUGCGGUGACUGAAGUAUGCAGCAAGGGCCCGGGCACGGGCCCUGGCCCAUGGUGGUGGUGGGUCUGCUGCUGUGCCUCGCUUGUUCCCUUUCGCUCACGAAACUUUUAAUGUGUGUGUUCGCUCAGGAUGCCGCUAGUCACAGCAACGAAGCAGAACUGUGGUUGCACGAGAAUCAGUUGCAACAGCAUGCCGGUCUUUUCAGAGAGCGUGGCAUCUCGAGCCUGGUGGGCUGCGUCACCGAGGUGGGCGACCUGCCCGAGCUGCCGGCCCACGACGAGGAGCGGCUGCAGCGCGCCGCCCUGCUGCUGCAGCAGCGCCUCAUCCUGCGACAGUGGCUGCUGCGCCACCAGCUGCAGCACCACUACCAGAGGUUGCUGGGUGUGGACGUGGCAUCGCUGGACGAUGUGUACUGGCUGGAGGACUCACGGGCACGCAGCCUGCUGGGCAAGGACUUCGUGGCGUGGGCGGCGGCGCGCCAGGCGCUGCCCACCUCCAAGGAAGACCUGGCGCGCCUCAAGGCAGACCUCUGGAGUGCUGUUGUCAAGUCCACGCAGCACGAGGAUGCCUGGACCUGGGGCGGAAUGUUGGUAGUUUCAGUCUCGGUGGCAGGGCUUGUAACAUUGGCAGCGAUGACACAGCCUGCCCUGGCACCAGAGGCAAAACACACACUAUUGCAGUAUGUAACAGGGAAGUAUUUGCUACCUGGAAACUGCAAAGUUAACUUCGAAUGGGAGGAUCCUCAGAGAGUUGGGGAGACUAUGACAUUCACUGUAAAGUUCUACCAACGUAAUGGCCAGCCUUAUCCAAUAUGUGACACAGACAACCUCUUUGUGGAAGUUACCGAGGGUUCUCACCGAGUAGCAACUGUAUCGCAACUGGGAGGAACUGACCCAAGUGCUGCUAACACGGCUGUUGUCAAAUUUACUGUGCGACAUGCUGGCCAGUACCGAAUAGCGGUGCUAAUUGGCAGCUGCCAUGUCCAGGGUAGUCCCUUUCUCAAGAAUUUCCUGCCAGGUCCGCCCGACCCGCACAAGACAGUGUUUGUGCGACAUUCUUCAACAGUUGUUUGUACAGCGGGCAUGCCUCACUCUCUUAUGAUAGAGCCACGUGAUGAGUUUGAUAACCUAUGUGUGUUCGACGCCAGCAGUUUGGGUACAGAUGCACCAACAGAAGGUUAUGCAAUCGCAAUAACCCAGGUUGGAUCAUCUGUGUCUGGUUCAUGUCCUUCACCUCCUUACACAGCAGAGUUUGACUAUGACUGGCUGAGCCAUCGUGUCACUCUGCAAGUUCGUUUUCCGUCUGAGGGUUGCUUUCAUGCAUCCGUUUCCUACCGUGGCACUGAACUACGUAAUGGGGACUUCGACAUUAUUGUUUUAAGUGUAAGUGAUGCCGCUCUUGUGAACAAGAAUGUUGCGUCAAAAAAUCACAACAUCUGUUAUGAGGCUCGUCUUGUGAGUUUACAUGGAGAACGCCUAUCGAAGCCAAAGAAAGUUUUUUGCUAUGUUUCUCCAAAGCAACUCACAGUUAAAGAACUGUUGCUUAAGUUCAUUCCAAAGAGGAUCAUCACAUUUCGUCUGUGUCCAUCCACUAAGUUCACCUUUCUAGGAAACAACAAUCAGUAUGGUCAACCUUCAUUCAUUGUGGAUGAUGGAUGUCAGCCAAAAGUUGAACUUGCAGCCAAGGACCGGAAUGUCAUAGCUGCAACAUUUACUCAUUUCCUGCUGAAGAAUAUUGGUGGAUCAGAGACUUUCAAAGAUAAACAGGACUUUUUCUACCACGAAGUUCGGAAGUACCACCAGAAACAUUAUCACGAAAAACUGCCCAUGAAAAUCUGCCGUGAAAAGCUUCUGGAGUCAUCAAUGAAAGCAACAAAGAACUUCUCUGUGAGUGACUGGUGUCGAAACUUUGAGAUAACCUUUCAAGGAGAACAAGGUCUGGACUGGGGUGGUGUACGAAGAGAGUGGUUUGAACUUGUGUGUGCAGCAUUGUUUGAUGCACGCAAUGGUCUCUUCAUGAGCUUUUCAGAUGGUCAGCAAGCACUUGUACAUCCUAAUGUUCAGAGGCCUCCUCACCUCAAGUUGAAGCACUUUGAGUUUGCUGGUCGAAUAGUCGGCAAGUGCCUUUACGAAUCAUCACUUGGAGGUUCCUACAGACAGUUAGUACGGGCACGGUUCACGAGGUCAUUUUUGGCACAACUCAUUGGUCUUCGUGUUCACUACAAGUACUUUGAACAAGAUGAUCCGGACCUCUAUCUUAGUAAAGUGAAGUACAUUCUGGACAAUGACGUUGAAGAAAUGGAACUUUAUUUUGUUGAAGAGGAGUAUGACCGCACAGGCCAGCUAACAAAGGUGGUGGAACUGAUUCCUGGAGGAAGCAAGAUACAUGUAAGGAAUGACACAAAACAUCAGUACUUGGACAGCCUAGCACAGUACCGUCUUGCAACCAGUGUCCGGGAUGAGGUUGAUCAUUUCCUGAAGGGCCUUAAUGAACUCAUACCUGACAACUUGCUCAGCAUAUUUGAUGAAAAUGAACUGGAGCUGCUGCUAUGUGGAACUGGGGAAUACAGCAUUGCUGACUUUCGUGCAAAUCAUGUUGUAUCUGGUGGAUCUCCUGAGUUUCGAAGAGUGCUUGACUGGUUCUGGACAGCAGUCAGCAAUUUUACACAAGAAGAGCUAGCAAGGUUACUCCAAUUUGCAACAGGCUGUUCACAGUUACCACCUGGGGGCUUUGCUGAACUCAGUCCUCGAUUCCAGAUAACGGCUGCACCCACUUUUGGAAGCUUGCCAACAGCUCACACAUGUUUCAACCAGCUGUGCCUCCCCGAUUACGAAAGCUAUGAGCAAUUUGAAAAGGCUCUGUUACUAGCCAUCAGUGAGGGUACAGAGGGUUUUGGAAUGAUAUGAUGUCAUCAGAACGUCAAAUGACAUUUACAAUAAGUAUAUAGUUUGAUGCACUGAAAAACUGCAUUUGACACAUCGAUCACCACCACUUCACAUUACAAAAUGGCUCCAGCGAAACACUAGGGUGUGUAUUAUGUGUGUUGAAUAAAUGUAAUAGGCUCCACAGAGAUAGUAAAGCUGCUCUGUGUCUUUAAUCUCUAUGAAGCCUUUCACGUCAUUUGCCUGGCCUGCUAUCUUGUAGCACAAGUGAGCUAUUGGUAUGCUCAGGAAAUGUUGGCUUUAGUAUGAGAAAUAACAGGAUACAUAAUGUGCGCUGUACAGUAAAUUAAGCAGAGCAUUGGCAGGGUUAUAUGAAGGCCUAAAUAUUUAUCUUGAGGCCUGUCAUACUCCAAUUUUGGAUGGUAUGUUUUGCUCAACUAGUGUGUAAAAAAAAGAACAAAUACAACCUCUUACAGGAUACAUCUACUCCUGCACACUUUCAUGGCUCACAACAUGCCUUGGUUUGUGCAGUCAGUCAUAUUGCUUUGUCAGAUAAUUUCUGUAGAUCUUUAAUACUUGUGCAUUUGCAGUAGCAUUACUUACAUUUGUGUUUAUUUAAUUUGUCUGAUAAGUUCCUAUGUCGUUUGCUACUUUUUUGAUAUUGUAAUUUUCAUAAUCUCGUGUUUUUAGUACUGUGAUUGAAACUUUUAAUUUAAAUCUGCAACCUUGUUGUGAUAAAGAACAAGAGGUGGAAGUUGUAUGAAGAAAUCCAUCUCUAUUUUACUGACCUCAGAUACAGUGAUAAUUCAAUUUUGUAAGUACAAGAGUGACAUUUAGCUAGUUUUGUGUAAUAUUCUCAGAUACUGACCAUGUCUAUGAAACUUUGUACAAAUGAAUUAAUUUUAGACUAUUUGUAGGAGAUGACAAGCUAUUUAUAUGAGAUUAUAUUUAGAGUAAUGAAAGAUCAGGUCUGGUAUAUUUGUAAAACUAUCUGUACAUCAGCUUUAAGUAAUUGCUUUUAUACAAUUUCUUUUCUGCUGGUCGGAGAUUGAAAAUCUGUAAAGUAAUUACUUCAACUGUUGAUGUAAUAGUUACUGUUUCAUUAGGGUUGUGUAGAGUCCAAACCUUCAGAGAGAGUUUCAUAAAACUUAUGCCAUACUCAGUCAUUAAACACACUGUCAAGUCUUUACUACUCUAGUAGUACGAGAUACACUUUAAACAUUCCAGAUGAUACAAUUUCUGCUUUUCACAAAGGCUUUAUAGAAAUAGAUAGAAAUGCCAUUCCUUAGGUUUGUAAUGGGACCAUACUAUGUUAAAUACAAAUCUUAAUUCUCAAAACAGAACAAAAAUCUUUUCACAGUUUCAGUAUUAUACCUUUUGUCCUUUGUUGAGUUUCAUUAUUACUUACAAAAGAAAAACUGAUGUCCUAAAAUAGUGACAAAUUUGGCUAAAAUAAAUUGUGGAUAGGAGCAAUAAUUUUGUGGGAGUUCUAAACUGAGACUUAAUUUGUACUUCCACUUGAAUGAAUUUGUUCCUGUUUUUGAGAUACUUAUUACCUCACAAAGCAUAGUGAGAACGUAAUUUUAAUUUCAUUCUAUAUAGGUUAGGAUUACGUCCACACUGCAUAAAGAUAGAUAAAAUGGUUACCAAGGGAACUCCAAUAAGCAAUGAAAGCUAAUUAAUGACUGAGAGAACAAACAACCACUCGCCCUUAAGAGGAAGUGCUGUGUUGCAGACAGGCCUAAAAACAUUAUAAUUUAAAACUUUCUGAUGCCUUCAAACUCUGGUUUUUGUCCAAAGUUGGGAUUUCAACAUUUGUGGCUAUGGUACUAUGUGUAUGUCACAGUGUAAAUUUUGUAUUCAAAAAGAAUGCCAUUCAAGACACAUCGUUAAACAUCAACAGUUAUCUUUUCUCUGCCAUUGUGGAAGGCAACCAUUUUUCUUCCCACAUUGAAGAGGAAGAAGGUAGGAAGUGUAAUAUACAGAUGGAGUUUCACUGGAUCCCAUGUUUGCAUAGUCGGUACAAAAGCCAAAAAUUUUAUCUAUCUUUCUGUGAAUUGACUUUCCUCUUUUUCACACUUCUAUGUUUUUAAAGAUAGAACUUGCAAAUUUGAUAUGUGGGACCUUUGUUUUACCACUUCAAGCUUCCAAUGACACUGUCUGGCCACUGCAUUGAAAUAUCCCAAGAGCAUCACUCUCAUUACUCAGGACACGUUUUUGGAUGGGAUGUAUUUUAUUGCUUUAAAAUAAAAUAAAAAAAGCUUUUAAGCUAUUAGUAACAAUCCUUUAUUUCAAAUAAAAUUAGUAAAAAUUAGAUUCUGAAAUAUUUUUAUAGCUAUAACUUUUCAUUGUCCCCAUAUGUGGGUAUUUGUAGUUGAACCAGUUUCUGAGUUCAGUUGCUACAUUUACAUCUAACUUGCUGAUUGUAAAAUUGUGAGUGUGUUAUAUCUGUUCUUUCAUGACUUUGUGCAUAUCAUUUUAUAAUAUACAACUGAAAAUUUUUGUGCCAUAUUUAUAUAUUGCACUUUCGUGUGCUCCGAGCCAUUUACGCUAACUGGAAAUUACAGUGUUACUGUCAGCAGCAAUAAUGUAUUAGUUUGCUGGUAACGAAGAGAGAUGUGUUGCUUUUGGAAUGUUGUGUUGGAUUUUUUUACUUUAGUAAAAAAUUAAUAUCAUUAGCUGUAUUAAUAUUUUCAUAUUUCAUUACUUAGAAGCUGUGGCACUGUUUUUGUAUGCUAAGUAGGAAACUUCUUUAUUUUUCAUUUCUGCAACUAUUCAACUUUACUUAGAUCUUUGAAGCAAUAGUAUGAAGGUGGACUGUCUUGAGACCUGUCAGAUAGUAUCUGAAACCUUUAUUUCAGAUUCCCAUUUAUACUUCAUAAUUGACAGGUCAUGGGUUACCAUUAGGCUGAAACAUACAAAUAUGGUUUGGAGUAUGCAGUACCAUCCAACAGAUCAUUUGGUGCUAAUAUCAGUGGGAAUUAAUCCUCUGGUGCUGAAAUAUGUGAGAGAACUGGAUCGCCAUCACAGAAAUGCAAUAAAUGUAGCUGUCACGCUAAAAUACUGCAUGCCUUGUAACAUUUAGGACAUUCUAUCAAGGAUGCGUUAAUGUACGUCUCUCUAAAGAUUACAUCAUAUCUUUAAUUGAUAUUUUCUAUUUCCAUUUGAGGAUUAAUGUAAGUUUGCUACAGCAACAUCAUAAUUGAGAGGAUACACAGAAAUUAAGUAACUGUGUGUGAGAUGUUGUUAUUUAUGUUGGGAAUAGUAUUACAUACAUAGGUAAAAUAUUUGGCAUUUAUGAAUUCACAUACACUGUAAGAAAACUGGUUACAUAUUACGAACAAUGUAAUAUGUGAUGAUUCUCCAAUAUUUUCUGGUUUAUUAAAAUAACAGUAAAUUUUAUUUCCAAAUAAAUGGAUGUACCUCAUCAGUAAAUGUUACUCAAAGUGAUUGCAUGAUAAGUAUCAAAAUGGUUUUGCAGGGAGACAUAACUAUUUAUCUAUUUGUUAAUUUCUUGUUUUAUGAUGUUCCAUGCAUUCACACUAAGUUGUCAUGAAUGCCCGGAAGAAAUAUCAACUUUAAAUUUGUGCUAGUUUAGUGAUUUUUAAUGUUUUUGUUAAUCGUGAACAUUCAGUCACUUCAUUUGAAUAUUAUAGCCAGUGGUUCCCAAUGUGUUCUCUGUGAGAUGUGUGACAUUCAAGCUUUGUCUAAGUUGAUUAUGAAGAAUUAAGAUUCAAUCCAUGCAUCACAAGAACCAGUUAGUGGAAAAACUAAAACAUUGCAAUAUGUAUCCCUCAAAACACUGAGGAAAUUGCAACCUUUAAGAGUAUCUUCCUUUUUGAUUUUGUAGUCUUGACUAUUAAGGCUAUGAUAAAAUGCAGUUCUAGAAUGUAGCCCAGAUGCAGCCUACUUUACUAGUUAAGUUGCAGUUUACUGCAAUAAAACUUCCUAUGAACAUUAUGUUUGUGUCGAGGACUCAGCAUGUGCUUUUUAUACGUCCAUCGAUGAACCAAUCACUCGUGGAUCACUGCUAUUAAAUAUCUUGUGAGCUCUGCCCUACCAAAUCAUUAACCUUCUGUGAAAUGUUGCAGGUCUGCCUCUGGAAUGCAGAUUAUUAUUGAUAAAAAAACUUUCAUAAACACUAGCAAUAAUUUGAUUUUCACAUUAUAAUACAACGUAAUGUAUCUGCAAGUUGUGUAAAAUCAAUGUAUAACUUGUGUAUAGAUUUGUUUUUAGUUUAAGGUGUUCCUAUUUUUAUUUCUGGAAGUUCAUGAUUGAUAAUAAACUACAUUUGUAUGCUUCUGUUAUGUACAUAUUUACCUUGGAUGAAAAUGUCAGGGACUGUUAUGAAAAUGAUGUGACAAACUAUUCAUCAGUAUUUUUGUAAUAUUGGAUGCACUCGUGCAUCAGGCACAAUUUUUGCCUUCACAUUGUAGCACAUAAAUGCUGUUUGUUAUCCUCUGAGCAUGAGCACAUUAUUAAGAUUCAGAAAUAAUUGUUCUUUAGUAAAGAAACAUCAGCAUCAUAUUUUAAAAGAUAAGUGAUUUUGUUGCAAUAGCUGUUUUCUCUUUUUGAUUUUUCUGGUUUCUGUAAGUAGGGUCUUUUAUGUGUUGUUAAUGUCUGUAACAUAUACCAUAAUUUGUAAAAGAUACAUAUGUACAAGAACAUGGUCUCUUGACAGUUACCAUUAGUUUUUGUUCAUACAUUUAUUUAUUUGCACAGAAAUGUUAGGAGAAAUGUAAGAAACUGAGCAUAAUUGAUUCAUAGAAUCAGGUAACAACUGAAACUUCUGAUCAAACUAAUGCAGAAAAUUAAUAAAGCUUUUAAUAUACUUAAGUACAUUUCAUCUUCAUUUUUGUCACAGACAAAAUGAGAUUUCAGAUUCCAUAUUUUGAUUAAUAAAACUGUUGCAUGAGCAGGGUAGGUUAGUGUUAACUCCAAUUACCAGGUUCCACAUAGUGGAAGUCCUGGCAGUAACUAAUUGCAAAAGGCAUCUCGUGAUGCUUUGUUUGAGGGCUAACCAUAGAUGACAAUAUUUGUUAUUGUAGCAAUAAAAGAGAUGUUUAGGGAUGACAGUAUUGUUUGAUAAAUAUUGUUUUAAAAUGAAGUUAAUAAGACACUGUGAUAUUUUAAUAAUUUACGGGGCUUUAACAUACAUUAGUAAGUGCACAACAUGAGAAACAGUGCACCAGAAUAUCCAGUGAACGCAGACAUAAGCAAUACUUGUCCUUUUUUUUAUGUUCGUGAUGUGUUAAUGGAUAAGGUAACGUAUUGUACUGUCCUAGCUAUUAAGUCAAUUACAACGUUAGAGUGUGGGAGUUAUUCACAACUUGUUUGUGGUUUUAUUUUGCAAUAAUACUUCCUUCUGAACUGAGAUGUGCAUGUGCAAUGUGAUUAUUGUUCAACACACAUUCAAUACCGUAUGCUGACAUAUGACUUUAAAAAAAUGCACUGCAGUGUUUUGGCAGUUCGUGGUCAUCUGUCACCUGCUAGUGCUUUACUAAUAAAUUUCUAGACUGUUCUAAAAUUUUGGUAUUGUAAACAGGCUUUUUGUAAAUAAUACAGCUAUAGAAAUAGUCCAGUGAAAAAAAAUUAUUUUUACAAAUGUUACUAUUGUUCCCAUUUUGGAUUUUUGUAGUAAUAAAAACGUUUCUUUUAGCCUA